UCUUUGCACCCAAAUGGAUCGCAACUCAAGAGCUGAUGUGCUGUUCGCACGCCACAGGAAGCUGCAAGUCGAUCUGCGAGAAGAUUUCGUUGGUGGACAUCGCCGCGGACGCGAAGCUUCGCAACCAGACGGUGCAGGAAGUGCAGAAGUUCUGCUCACCUCAGUUGAAUAACUUUUGGGAAUGCCUGAACACGUCGUUCGAAGAGAUGUCGCGAGGGGAGUCCUGGUUCGGCCGGGUGUGCUGCCCGCUGCCGCAGAGCGAAAAUUGCAGAAGGGCCUGCGUGACGGCGAACUCGAUUUACGACCUGUCGCAGGGCUGCAGGAAAUCGGACGAGAUUUCGUUCUUUAAUUGCUUGGACAGGCAGUACGUAGGCUACGAAUGCUGCUCGAACGCGAGGUCCCCGAACUGCAAGGAAGCGUGUCUGGAGAUCUUCAAGAGCAGAUUAACGCCCACCCGUCUCCAAAGGAACAUGGUCUUGGAGCAGUGCGAGUACGACAGUCCGAAAGUCCUAGGAUGCGUCAAGAACUUCAUCAAAGUCACUCCAGCCACCAAUUUGCAUAAACAUAUGAAAUGCUGCGAGAAAUCCAACAAGAACAAGUGCAGGGAAGCCUGCAAAGAGAUUUUAUCGCUGAACAAUACUCUGCAGGAAACCAUGGACGGUUUGCAAAUCGGAGGAUGCGGAUUUCCUCUAUUCCAGGAUCAGUUUUGGCAAUGCUUCAUGAAACCCGUGGAUUCCAUCAACACCGUGGAAAUCUCUCGCAUCGAUCGUGUUGGAAUGGAUUCGGCCAAAUGGCAUUGCUGUUCCAGGGCGAGCACCAACGAAUGCAGGAAACUCUGCUCGAAAACCUUCCUCAAGGAUUGGUCCACUCUGUGGGAUGACUUCCAUCUGAAAUGUCUGAGUCAAGUCGCACAAGAGGAACUUAGGAAUUGCAUUGAUGAAGUUGAUGAGCCUUGUGAAUUGGGAUGCGACGGACUCAGUUUCUGCACCAAUUUUAACAAUCGUCCCACCGAGCUCUUCCGCUCCUGUACGCCGGAAGCGGACGACGCGGCGAGGAACGACGUGACUCUUUGGCAGACCAGACACGAGCUGACCUUGCCCGGUCUCACUUUACCCCUGAAGAAUAUCUCGAAAUGCUCUCCAAACACUUGGAAGGCCGUCGCUUGCACUUUGCAGAUCAAACCGUGCUCGAGAGUCUCUCACGCCAAUCAGAUCUGCAGGAACGUGUGCUUGAAUAUUCUAUCCGACUGCGUGGAUUGGAGCAGAGUACCGGUCAAGCAUUCGCCGGAAACCAUUUGCGCGAUGCUCUCUCCGGAAGACCCCGCCGUGUCUUGCAUAUCUUUGGAGAGUUUCCUGGCGCCAUCUGGAAACACGUACGAGAGCAUCGACGGACAAGUGUCUUCGCCGUGCAAGGGCGAUCCGUGCAAGGAGUCGGAGAUCUGCACUGUCAACAAGAACUGCCUUCCUGGGAAGCACUGCUCUCCGUACAAAUGCACGCCGGGUUGCAAAUUAGGAGAGGUUUCCGAAUAUUUGGUACCGGAAGGCACGUACGUUCGGAUACCUUUGCCCAAUAACCAGAACCGUUGCUUGAAGAUCUGCAAAUGCACUUCGAAUGGUAUCGACGAAUGUCAGCCGUUGCCGUGCGUUCUUUUGGGCUCUUGCUGGAACAACGAGAGGAGGCACGGAGAGAUCUUCCAUUUGGAAUGCAACAAGUGCACUUGCUAUGCGGGAGAGAUGAUCUGCAGCAAGAAGCAAUGCGAGAACAGUUUGCUGGGAGGAAGGAAUACGGCUUAUACAACUUUACCUUGCAAUUGUCCUCCGCAUUUCGUUCCUGUUUGCGGAAGAAACGGGAACAUCUAUCCAUCAGCCUGUUUAGCAAAAUGCGCCGGCUUAAGCGACUCCGACAUUGAAUAUGGAGCAUGUCAAGAUCCCUGCAGAAACAACCCUUGUGCUAUUGGGAAGAAGUGCGUUCCCGACACCAAAAUAUGUUUGUCUUUAAAGCACAAACCCUGCACGCAGUUCCAAUGCAUUAAUGGAACUGCGAACUGCGGAAGUCUCCCCAAAGAGCCGGUCUGCGACGUGGACAACAAGGAGUACGCAAACUCCUGUUUCCUUGCACACAACAACCGUAAAUUCGCCUACCAAGGACCUUGCCUGCAGGGAUGCGCCUAUUUGGGGGAAGUUUGCGGCAUUAACGGUAAAACGUACAUCUCUGAGUGCGCCGCAAUCGCCGAUUACGUGAGCGUGGAUUACGUCGGGCCUUGCGUAACGGUCGGAGCCAUCACCGACAGCAAAACUAUUCAGUGUCCAACCAUCAAGUGCAAACCGUUACCACGUGCAGACUGCUUAGGCUUCACUCCACCGGGAGCCUGCUGCCCGAUAUGCGGAGGAAGUCUUCGGCUCUUGUACUCCACCAAGCAAAUCGAUAGAGCCCUCUACGUUCUUCAAACGCAAAACACGCAGUCUUUAACCCUGAAAGCCACGCUUCAAGCCUUGGAACGACAAAUCCAAGUGGCGCAAUGCUCUCUGAAAGGAUACCUUACAGUGGAGGUGGACAUCUUCGUGGUGGUACAAAGCACCGAGAAGAGACCUACGGCUUUGCAACUGGAAGCCUGCGUCCGGGAGGCCGAGAAGAUCGCCAGUUUGAUCAACAGGCAGAGUCCGAGAGUACAAAGCGAGAUCAGCCUCAGCAGCCUGGUUACCGCCUCCGUCGUGCAUACGGUUCACAGCAGUGCUACAAUAACAUCUUCAUCGUUCCUUCUAAUUCUUCUAGCCAUGACCUUUCUGCUGGGAAUCGAGCUCCCCUAGGCCAGUACCAAGAUUUUUUUUUAACACUGUGAUAUUUGCAUAUACGUUUAAGUUAUUUAUAUAUAUAUGUGUAUAUUGACGAUGUUGUAUAUACAUUUCGAGUUAUUAUUUUUUUUUGUAAGCACACUGUAUAUUUACUGUGCCAUAAUGUAAAUAAUAUUUCAAUCGCCAAAGAAUUCUGCAAACAUUUUUGUAUUGUACAUUAUUUAGAUAACAAAAAAAAAAAAAGAUGAUUCUCCAAGUGCCA